AUGAACCUUCGCCGUCGCCUCGCACAACUCAAGGUCAUGCAGCCGCCCAAUCUGGACAUGCUGCAGAGCCAGCUGUCCAUCCUCGUGCCCACCUUCCCCUGCCCCAAGGAGGAGCGCGUGGGCGUGUGGGCGGACGGCCGCAAGUGGCUGUGCAACAUGAAGACCUUUCUGCCAGAUAACCCUGUCGUGUACAGCAUAGGGUCAGGCGGGGAAUACUCCUUUGAAAAGGACAUAUUCUUCAAGUUCCCCCUCACGCGCCCACUCACCUUCGAUCCCUUCCUCGAUCCCUCCCUUGCCUCCUCCAUGCAAGCCCUCUCCUUCCUCCGCUUCCUCCCCAUCGGCCUCGCGGGGGCUGGGGUGAUCGAGAGAGCGAGAGUGGACCGACCGGGAGUGCAGUUUAUGACUGUGGGGGAGGUCAUGGGUGCGAAUAAUCACUCCUAUGUGGAUGUUUUAAAGGUGGAUUGCGAUGGGUGUGAAGAGGGGUUGGUGUAUGAUAUCAAGCCAGGGAGGAGGGAGGGUGGGGGGGGAGGGGCAGGGGAUGGGGUGGGGGAUGGGAGUGGAGGAGGAGGGAGAGGAGAAGGGGGGGGAGGAGGGGAAGGGAGGGAGGAGGAGGUGUUGGAGGAGUUUAGCCGAGUGAAGCCGUUUGGCAACCCUGCAAUUGGUCAGAUACUCAUUGACUUGCACCACGUCAACAACCCCGGCAUCACGCUGCCAAUGGUGUACCACCUGGAGAGCGUGGGCUAUCUGCUUUACCAUGUGGAGCCCAACGCUCAGCACCCCGACUGCUGCAUUGAGCUGGCGUUCAUUCACCAGUCGCUGCUGCAGCCCUGGGGCACGUCGUAUGGGGAUUAUCAGAGGUGGAGGAAGGCAAGGGGCAAAUGA